GCACCCGCGGCGCGCCCCUGGCAAGCUUGAGCGGGGUCUCUCCGACACUGUAUGCGAUGCUCUUGACCAGUCGGAGUCAAGCUGCUCCUACCAGUACCACACUCAGUCCAGUUUGGUCUCAGUCUUCGCAAACAACUUGACAAAAGAAAAAAAAACCAGUCAAGGGAGUGGAAACUCAACAGGGUACUGGUAUUACUUUCUACCCAUCUCGUCUUCCUGAACGCGUUUCCAGACAUCAUCAUCAUCUACGUUUCGCGUGGAAUAUAUUGCGGUUGAUUGGCUUGAAUCAUAGAGGAACCCCAGUCGGAUUCGCGGGAUCUUGUAAAUAAUCCAGAUCUCCAAGGGGCCUCAACUUUUGUCCUGAAAAAAAAAGCCCUUUAGACAACAAGAUCCAACAAUGGCCCCACAUCCUUCGCUCCACCAAUCGCUCAAACAAGCCCUCCAAUCGGUACCGACGGAUAAAGUCAACCCUCGAGAUUUCGAGUUGACUUCAUUAUCGACCAAGCCCUUUCGGACCCACACUCUUUUCCCCCAUGCGCCCGAUCCCACGGUGUCGAUUAUGAGGACAGACUAUCUGAUCGUGUUGGCGGAGAAAUUCGAAGAUUACCGUCCGGAUACCUCAGCUUGGCCUCGUCCGAAAGUCACCGUACCUGUCUUCGCCCUAGAGGCAUCCCUCUACACCAUCCCCACAACCUCCGUCCAACUUCUCUACAUCUCAAAGAUCGAUACCACCGGACUUGCCCCUGACCCUGCUCCCGCUGCUCACCUGACGAUCGCCUUUCUGAACCAUUUCCUACAACACUUGCCAAGAUCGAUCCAUAGUCUCAGGAUUCACAUCUUUGCUCGCGCCGCAAGAGAGGGUCAAUACCUGUUCCCAGCAAGCGCCGAAAACCGACCCAAUGGAACAGGCGAUGGCGCUAGAUUCGCAACAAAGAACUCGUCCACUCUGGAUCCCGGAGUCGUUCCAACCUCCAAACGACCACCGGCUGGUAAACGAAUAUUGGAUGAUCAACAGCUGGUUAAAUGGUGGCAUAAAAUUCUGUCCCGACUUGCGAUCGGAUAUCAUCAAGUUGCCAAAGCUAAGAACCCUUUGGAAUGCUUUUACAUCCUGCCCGGGUUUGAUCAACAAGAAUCGCUCGAGGUUUUGCCGCUUUCAUCUGAAUUGAAAGCAUUAUGGAAUUAUGGGCAUCCAUACAACAAGAUCGGAUCCCCUUUUGCACCCACCAAUCAGCACUCUCAAGAAACUGCCAACCAUCAAGGAAGCGAUAAAGCACGAGUGCCCAUAUUAUCGGAGUUGAUCCCGGCAUUCAACGAUGACCCGAAGGCGAGAUUCCUGCACUCGAUUGGAAAUUGUUCGACGAAUCCGUCGGGUGAGCCGGGUGAUUGGGACGAUGCGAUCGUCGAACGAUCGUCGAGUUCGUUGGAAAGUGAUCGGAAUCGCGAACGGACCAAGAUCAAUCAAGUCACUGCAGAUGAGUUUUGGGAUCGGAUGGGCGGUCGACAGGAGUGCUGCGACGGCCGUCUGAGCGCAUUCUUCGUCCUCUCCCUAACCCGAUCAAAUCCUAAUCACACCUACGCCGCCGCCGCCGCUUCUUCUUCUUCUUCUUCAGCUCUCCUCGCGCAAUCUUCUACUAAGAACCCCACAUCGCACAUCGCAACCCGUCAUGAAGAUCCUCAAAGCGUCUCGUCAAGUGGCGCGAGUGGGACUACCAAACCUACUCAUCUCACUGAGUCUGACACAACCCUACAUAAAAUGGUCCCAGUUCAUCGAAACGUUUGGGUUUCCCUUUGGUCUUAUAUUCACAAUAAAGAUUAUUCGACAUUAGAAAAUUUGACGAAUGCGUAUUCGGGAUGGAUUGGGAAUAUAAGAUGUGCUAUAAAUUCGGUGUAUGUAGAGAAGUAUUUGGAGAAGAAGAGGAGGAAGUUAGAAGAAGAGAGAAACCAAGAGAAGAUCGCUGGCGAGUUGACGGAACCUGCAGGUAAUCAAAAUCAGGAGUGUACGCAGAGUGAAGUGACGCCCGAAUCACCUAACCCUCCCACUGAUUCCAAAAACUUUGGAGGAUGUUUUUCGCUCGUUUAUGUGGAUAAUGGACUCAAGAACGAUGUCGAUCGUAACAUGAAUGGCGCUCAAGAACUCCCUUCCUCAGAGCAUCAAAAAAGGACCCAAGUCAAUGUCCUUCAGCCGCGUAAAAAGCCUAAGAAUUGAGCACAGUCCUGCUUGCCAUUCUCUUGUUCUGGUCAUUCUUUGGAGCUGCUUUUUUUUCUUCUCUCUCGCUUCGGCCAUCCUUUUUUUCUAUCUUGUUCUUUUUUCACCCUUUGGAUUCCUAUAAUGACAUGUCCUACUCCUAAAGCUCGUGGAAAUCAUUCCGUUCCCUCUGUUAUAGAAACUAAUAGAGAUAUUACUAUGUCGUUUGUCGCUUGUUCAUGCUUCCAAACCUUGCACCUUAUUUUCUCUCUUUCGAGUUGGAUGUCCAAAAGCAAGUACAUGUAGUUAAGAUCGGCACUUGAUACUUGAUCCCUCUCAAUCGACUUAGAGUGAUGAUUGCCAGAUCUCGAUCUUUUUCUUUGAUCUCUCUGCAGGUCUUUGGUACCUCCAGUCUAGCAUGUAGUAAAAAAUAAAAUGAAUAAGGGGGAGAGACUCCAAUUGAUUUGUGAAGCA